AUGAAUCGCGCCACGCUCCUUUCGGUCGCAAGCAUCAUUGUGCACGCAUUCGCAGCCUGUGAUCGGGCGGCGCUGGAACAAUUGACGUCCACCUAUGUUCGAGCGCAAACUUCCGGAAAGCCCGAUCUGCUCCCGUUAGCUACCAACGCGAGUUAUAUCGAGAACGAUGCUCCCGUCGCCAUCACGAAGGGCGUGUUGAGCCAAGCCAUCGUUGUUGAUUUCAGUCGCAGCAUCCACGACACUGUGCAAUGCGCCACGUACACGGAGAUCACAGCAGCAACCGACAAGCAUCCAUAUGUCAUCAGCACGAAACUCGUCCUGGCCAAUGACAAAGUCACUAAUGUUCUGUCGGUAAUUUCUGAUGCUGGAGAUUGGUUGUUCAAUGCCACCGUUUGGCUCGAUUGGACGAAGAAGGAGAAAUGGGACGCGAUUCCGGAGAGCAAGCACGACAAGCGCGAAGUCAUACAGGCUGCUGGGGAUGCUUAUCUCGACAGCUGGGCGGACGGCAAGGUCCCGGUGCCAUAUGGAACGCCAUGCCAGCGCCUCGAGGGCGGCAUAUACACUGGCAGCAGGAACCAAACGUCCAACUCCUGCGUUAUGCCGGAGUUCCCUAAGCCUUUUAAGGGCGCCUUGAACCGUCGCUAUGUCAUCGACCAACAGUAUGGAGCCGUUGCGAUUUUCAACGACUUCCCUUUCAUUGACGUGGAUAAGCCUGAUGGUACUGCAAGCACGAACUUCGUACGUGUUGAGGGAGGGAAAAUUCGCUACAUUCAUGAGAACACUGUGUGCACGAGAAAGAACUGUGGAAGAUGA